UGGCCGGCGUCAGCCUGGAGAUCGGCUCCUAUGACGUGGAACGGGGCCGCGAGGCCCGAUGCCAGCCCAUCGAGAUCCCCAUGUGCCAAGGCAUCGGUUACAACCUGACCCGCAUGCCCAACUACAUGGGGCAUGAGGACCAGCGGGAGGCUGCCAUCUGGCUGCAGGAGUUUGCCCCCUUGGUGGAGUAUGGCUGCCACGUUCACCUGCGCUUCUUCCUCUGCUCCCUCUAUGCCCCCAUGUGCACCGACCAGGUGAGCACCAGCAUCCCAGCCUGCAAGCCCAUGUGUGAGCAGGCCCGGCACAAGUGCGCUCCCAUCAUGGAGCAAUUUAACUUUGGCUGGCCAGAGUCCUUGGACUGCAGUAAGCUGCCCACCAAGAAUGACCCCAAUGCCUUGUGCAUGGAGGCACCUGAGAAUGCCACCCCUGGGGAAACUCCAAAGGGACAGGGCAUGCUCCCGGUGGCACCACGACCCAGGCCCUCAGGGACUGGCGAGGGCAGGGGGCCAAACAGCUUGGGGUCAUGUGAGAACCCUGAGAAGUUCCAGUAUGUAGAGAAGAGCCUCUCCUGUGCCCCCAAAUGCUCCCCUGGGGUGGAUGUCUACUGGUCCCGGGAGGACAAAGAUUUUGCCUUCAUAUGGAUGGCGGUGUGGUCAACACUGUGUUUCAUCUCCACGGCCUUCACAGUGCUCACCUUCCUGCUGGACCCACAUCGGUUCCAGUACCCUGAGAGACCUAUCAUCUUCCUGUCCAUGUGCUACAACGUCUACUCGGUGGCCUUUCUCAUUCGCUCUGUGGCUGGGGCUGAGAACAUAGCCUGUGACCGGGAGAACGGGGAGCAGUACAUCAUCCAGGAGGGGCUGGAAAGCACUGGCUGCACCAUUGUCUUUCUCAUCCUCUACUACUUUGGCAUGGCCAGCUCGCUCUGGUGGGUCAUCCUGACCUUGACCUGGUUCCUGGCAGCUGGGAAGAAAUGGGGACACGAGGCCAUCGAAGCCCACAGCAGCUACUUCCACAUGGCUGCCUGGGGCAUCCCAGCCAUGAAGACCAUCGUCAUCCUCACUAUGCGGAAGGUGGCAGGAGAUGAGCUCACUGGGCUAUGUUAUGUGGGAAGCAUGGAUGUGGGUGCCUUGACGGGGUUCGUGCUCAUCCCACUCGCCUGCUACCUGGUGAUCGGCACCUCCUUCAUCCUCACUGGCUUCGUGGCCCUCUUCCACAUCCGGAAGAUCAUGAAGACAGGAGGCACCAACACAGAGAAGCUGGAGAAGCUGAUGGUGAAGAUCGGGGUCUUCUCCAUCCUCUACACCGUCCCGGCCACAUGUGUCAUCGUCUGCUACUUUUAUGAGCGGCUCAAUGUGGAUUAUUGGAACUUCAGGGCACUGGAGCAUGGCUGCAUGGUCUUCUCCGGCCGGCACAACACCAACUGCUCCUUGGAAGCCUCGGUACCCACUGUGGCUGUCUUCAUGCUAAAGAUUUUCAUGUCGCUGGUAGUGGGUAUCACCAGUGGGGUGUGGGUGUGGAGCUCCAAGACACUCCAGACCUGGCAGAGCCUGUGCAACAGAAAACUGGGCAUGAGGACUAGGGGGAAGCCAUGCAGUGGGGUCACUUGUGCUGGGGCGCAUUGCCAUUACCAAGCCCCUGCAGUCAUGCUACACAUGACCAAACCAGAUCCCUACCUGGACAACCCCACCCAUGUCUAGUGCGGGGACUACCUUUGACUAUGGACGAAGCACAGAGAAUCUCUCACGGGUAAGGGAUUGGGAGGGAAGAGAAUGGGCCUGCGGAGUACAUGCUCAGCGUUUGCGGGGAUGGGGCUGGCCAGCAGCGUAGAGCUCACAUGAGUGGAGCAAUGGGGAGAAGAGGAGGUUGAAUUGUGAGAGGGCAAAUGCACCCUGGCUCGAGGAUACUAGAGCCAAGAAACUCAAAGGGAGCUCUUUGGCAGAGGGUCUUGGCCCAGGUACCAGGAUACCUGUUAAACUGGUCGCUGCUUUUCCUAGCGUGUUUUGGUUUUGUUGCUAUUGCCAAACCCACUGGCUAUUUUAACCCUUGGUUUUGAGGGGCAGAGGGAAAUAAUCCAACCGGAAGUUAUUUAAUUCUGUAAUUUAUUUUAACAUUUUUUUAAUCGCUAGCUGCAAGGAAUGGAAACAAUAAAUCCUGGAUGUGUUACUUCAA